UCCAUGACUAGAAAUACUUUUUUAAAUUACAAUAAAAGAUAGCAGUUGUUUGAAAUAUAAAUAAGUUACACUUGAAAAUGCCACUUUGAGUAUGCCUGGGAAAAACUGACUAACUGAUAAAUUAGUUGUAACUAUUUUUUUUUAAGGCUGAAAGGACAUAUUGAAGAUUAGUAAGUUCUUGAGUACACUUCACUCAAGUAGGCAAUAUAAGAAAGGAAAUUAAUCUUUGUCAAUUACAGCUCAUAGCACAUUUGACCUGAUGUGCACUUGCUUUGGCAAGAAGUCUGCAAAUUGAUUCCUUAACCUCUUGAGCAUAAUGAAGAGUUUCCAAGGUUUUGCAAAAUUAUUAUUCACCUACUCAACUGCCAAAGUAGAAUCACUUUCAGUCACAAUAUUUCUAAGGCCCACGCUUACCCCUCCGAUGGCCUCCCCGAGUUCAGCCCGUGCCUGCCUCUCAGUUAGCGACGCGCCGCCUUACUCUGUCCGUUCAUCCAUGUCCUCUGACGGUGCGAGUCCGCCGGAAGCCGCGUCUGUGUCUACCAUCGAGAUUCAGAUUCAAACACUGCAUAUUGACAUGGAUCGAGAUUUGAUAAUUGAAAUCCUUUUGAGGUUACCGGUGAAGUCUAUUGUACGAUUCAAGGCUGUGUGCAAGUUAUGGAGAUCUCUCAUAUCCGAUCCCCUCUUUGCAUCAUUACAUUUUCAACGUGCUGCUCCUUCACUCCUUUUCGCUGACUCUCAUGCCAUUCGAACCAUUGACUUAGAGGGACCGCUUCAAUCUCAUCGUGUUUCUCAACCAAUCAAUUGUCACUUUUUGUCUAAUUAUCAUGAUUUAUCCUUGCCUCGUAACUGUAUUUCGAUUCACGGUUCGUGUAGAGGCUUUCUGCUAAUCACCUGGAUUAGUAAUAUUGGUUAUGGGCACCCGUGGAAUGAUAGUCUCUACCUGUGGAAUCCAUCCACACAUGUCCACAAACCAAUACCAUCAUCUCCUGUUGUUGACACCAAUGUUUUAAGUCAUCUAUUUGGAUUUGGUUACGAUUCCUCGACAGAUGACUACUUGGUGGUUCGAGUGCCCGUUACGGACGGUAACCAACCUACUCAUUUACCAGAUGUGCAGUUUUUCUCAUUGAGAGCUAAUAUGUGGAAAUAUACCGAGGGUGUUGAUUUGCCUCCCUUGACCACUAUUGACCUUUGUCAUGGAUUGCUCUUUAACGAGGCUAUUCACUGGGCGGUUAGUAACUGGGUCGAUGGUGUUACGAACAUGUUUAUUAUUGCCUUUGAUUUAAUGGAAAAGAGACUCUUAGAGAUACCCAUGCCUCAUGGUCUUCUUUUCCCUGGUUUUUCUUUGUGGGUGCAUGGAAGAUUUUUAAGUCUAUCAAUUUUGCAGAGAGAUGGUACAUGUGAAAUAUGGGUUAUGAAGAAAUACAAAGUACUGACAUCUUGGACCAAGACUGUUCUAUCUACGGGGAGCUUUCACUUCCCAAUAUGCUCUACAAAAGGUGGUGAUAUUGUUUUACAUUCUGGAACAAAAGUGAAAAAGUAUAGUGAUGAAGGAGUAGAACAAGAAGAACAACUAGAGUAUCCGAACCAUUGUGGUUUACUAGAUGCAUCAGUGCCCAUAUAUACAGAGUCAAUGCUUUCACUCCCUGAUGUUAGCGACUGAAAUCUCCACAAGAGCUUCGAUUUGUAACAAUUAGUGGGUCUGGUAGCAUCAUUCACGUAUGUUGGUGAAGUGAUCAAUGAAAAAUUGGGUCAAACAGAAGCUGAAAUCCUUCAUUGAGGUCCAUGGAGAAGAAAGGAAGCCAUGGGGAGAGUCCAUUAGGAUCUUGACUACAAGGAGCGAAGACCCAGUUAAUUUAUAUGAAGGAUUACGAGCCCUAUGGAGGUUUUAUUUCAAUUAAUCAAUUGAUUUCAAAUCAUUGGAACAAAUGUUUUAUUUGCAAUUUAAUCUCUACAAAUAAUAGCUCGGUUAAUUUAUUUGUAAUCAGAGUUUUUUUCUACAUUCUCAUUAUAUUUUGGAUUAAUGGUAUAUUAAACUAUUUGUGUGACAACUUUUUUUAAUUGUUAGAACAUAUAUUUAUAUCAACUCACAUAUUCAAUUCUUGCA